UAGAGAAUAUCGAGUUAAUGGUACUGACACGAAAGCAGGGCAAGACUGUUCUUGGAUUAGCGCCGUAAACAUAUACAAGCAUUAUUCAUAUUUUACACUGAACGUAACCUCCAUAAUUAAAGCAGAAGAUCUUGUUAAUUUAACAGACAGGAGAUGAACCACCUAAACAGAACAUGGUUAGACUAGAAGACCAGAUGAAUAACGAAAAUUUGGAAAUGCUGCAGCACAUAUUCGAGGAAGCAGAUGAAGAUGGCGGAGGAGGACUGGAUAUGGACGAGUUCCGUCAGGCAAUGAUCAAAACCAUGGCUGGUAAAGGUGAAGUGCCUGAUAAUAAUCAACUUGCCAUCAUAUUUAUGAAAGUUGACGCGAAUUGCGAUGGAACGGUAGACUGGGAGGAGUUCUGUUCCUACAUGUUGCUGGAGACUCAACUAAAGGAUGUUAUGACAAGUGAAGACAGGGAGAUGGAAUUUCCGCAUCCAGCUAAGGAAAUCCCUAGUUGCCAUCGCGACAACAUCACUCGGAUAACUUAUCUUCCUAAACUGUCGCAUGGCACUGAUGAUCCGACUGACAGCAAUGGAGGAAGAUAUGUGUCUGUCAGCAAGGAAGGAACUGUGCACUUCUGGAGCAUGGACCUGAUGCACCCUCAAAGAACUCUGUCAGUAAGGCAUGAGGGUAAAGCCAGUAAGAAUGUGUGGAUUACAGACUGUGUGGUGUUACCAAACGCCAAGAAGCUUGCCCUGUCAACGGCUGACCGAGAGAUAGGUCUGUAACACCACACUUACGGUACCAGUCAUUUUCUCUAGCAAGAGUUUUAUUAUUUUAAGGAAAUUCUUAAUUCUUAAGUGGAUGUACUUUGAUUACUUGAAUGCUUACUACUCGCUGUAGAUUCUUUUAGGCUUUCGGACUCGGGUAAAGCUAAAUAAGAAAAGACGCUAUCUACAACGGUUGCCUGCAAGAAAUAGGUGCAUGC